GAGGCCGGGAGCGGGAGGCAGAGCCCAGCCGGGGCUGGCACGGAGCGCGCUGGGGAUGCUGCUGCCGCUGGCCGGGGCGCGCUGCAAUUAGCCAGCUGGGCACCGGCCUGGCCAGGAGCCGGCGGGGGAGCCCGGCCCAGGCCGGCCGCUUUGUUGCUGCUGCUGCCGGAUUUUCGGGGUGGAAGGAAAAAUCCAGGAGGGAGCCUCCCCCCAUCAGGAUUGAGAGGCCCCAUCUCCCCCAGGCCCUGCCGGGGACGCCCAUCGACCGCCAGCCCAAGGGGUGUGGGGGGCUGCUGAUGCCCAGAGCCCGCCAUGGCCUGCCUCCACGAUACCCGGACCCCCUCCCCGUCCUUCGCCAGCUUCAACACCAUCCUGACGGAGAGCUCCCUCCGUAAGCUGGACCCCGACACCUCGGACUGCACCCCCGAGAAGGACCUGACGCCCACGCAGUGCGUGCUGCGUGACGUGGUGCCCAUCGAUGGGGGCGGCCACAGCCCCACGCCCAGCGAGGAGACGCGCGACCAGUUCGCCAACAGCGUCCUGCAGCUGCACGAGAAUGAGGCCGGCGGGGGAGGCGGGGGAGCUGGGGCGGGGGCUGGGAACCCCGAGGUGCGGCACGCUCGGUACCACGCCGACCAGGUCCGGCUCCACUGCCAGACGGGCAGCGGCUUCCUGGAAGGGCUCUUCGGCUGCCUCAGGCCCGUCUGGAGCAUGAUCGGCAAAGCCUACUCCACCGAGCACAAGCACCAGCAGGAAGACACGUGGGAGGUGCCGUUCGAGGAGAUCCUGGACCUGCAGUGGGUGGGCAGUGGGGCGCAGGGUGCUGUCUUCCUGGGGCGCUUCCACGGCGAGGAGGUGGCGGUGAAGAAGGUGCGAGACCUCAAGGAGACGGACAUCAAACACCUGCGCAAGCUCAAACACCCCAACAUCAUCACCUUCAAGGGCGUCUGCACCCAGGCUCCUUGCUACUGCAUCAUCAUGGAGUUCUGCGCCCAGGGGCAGCUGUACGAGGUGCUGCGAGCCGGGCGCAAGGUCACCCCCUCCCUGCUGGUCGACUGGUCCAUGGGCAUCGCGGGCGGCAUGAACUACCUGCACCUGCACAAGAUCAUCCACCGCGACCUCAAGUCGCCCAACAUGCUGAUCACCUAUGAUGAUGUGGUGAAGAUCUCGGACUUCGGCACCUCCAAGGAGCUGAGUGACAAGAGCACCAAGAUGUCCUUCGCCGGCACUGUGGCCUGGAUGGCCCCCGAGGUCAUUCGCAACGAGCCUGUCUCUGAGAAGGUCGACAUCUGGUCCUUUGGGGUGGUGCUGUGGGAGCUGCUGACAGGCGAGAUCCCCUACAAGGACGUGGACUCCUCGGCCAUCAUCUGGGGCGUGGGCAGCAACAGCCUGCACCUGCCCGUGCCCUCCGGCUGCCCCGACGGCUUCAAGAUCCUACUGCGCCAGUGCUGGAACAGCAAACCCCGCAACCGGCCGUCCUUCCGCCAAAUCCUGCUGCACCUGGACAUCGCCUCAGCCGACGUGCUCUCCACGCCCCAGGAGACCUACUUCAAAUCCCAGGCCGAGUGGCGCGAGGAGGUGAAGCUGCACUUCGAGAAGAUCAAGUCGGAGGGGACGUGUCUGCACCGGCUGGAGGAGGAGCUGAUCAACCGGCGCCGUGAUGAGCUCCGGCACGCGCUGGACAUCCGGGAGCACUACGAGCGCAAGCUGGAGCGAGCCAACAACCUGUACAUGGAGCUCAACUCGCUCAUGCUGCAGCUGGAGCUGAAGGAGAAGGAGCUGCUCAGGCGGGAGCAGGCGCUGGAGAAGAAGUACCCGGGGCUGUUCAAGCCACAUGCAUCGCGCAGUCUCCUGCAUGGCAACACGGUGGAGAAGCUCAUCAAGAAGAGGAACGUGCCGCAGAAGCUGUCGCCACACAGCAAGCGGCCGGACAUCUUGAAGACGGAGGUGAUCCUGCCCAAACUGGACUCGGCCAUUGCCCAGGUGUCGAUACCCGCGUGCCAGAAGGGCCCCACCUCGCCGGGCCGGAGCCGCCGGGCCAAGCCGCGCUACCGCAAAGCCAGCGCCAAGGGCAGCUGCGGGGAGCUGACCGGGCCCCGGGCCCCGGAGCCGGCGGAUGCGGGGCAGCGGCUGGAGGCCUGUGCCGCCCUGCGGGGGCUGCAGCACGACUUGCUGCGCCGGAUAUCCUCGUCCAGCCCCGACCUCAUCAACACCACCCUGGAGGCCGAGGCCAAGAAAGAGGGGGCCCCUGCCGGGCCCGAGUCGCCCCCAGCCGAGCAGCCCCGCAGCGAGACCCCCAGUGAGGACACGGCCUCUGUGCCCUUCUCCAGCAGCCCCGACUCGCCCUCCUCCAAGCAGGGGGCCGUGGGGCCGGCGGACAAGAGCCACCGGCUGUUGGGCCUAGCCCAGAGGCUGCAGCCGGGCGAGGAGCCCGACAAGGAGCCGGGCGUGGCGGGCAAGGCGGGCAAGGCCUGUGGGGUGCCGCAGCAGCAUCUGACACCCGCAGCGCUGCUCUACCGAGCGGCCGUGACCCGAAGCCAGAAGCGAGGGGUCUCAUCCGAGGAGGAGGAGGGAGAAGUGGACAGCGAGGUGGAGCUGCCACUGAGGCAGAGGUGGCCCCAGGGGCUGAGCAAGCGCCAGUCGCUGUCCACCUUCAGCUCGGAGAACUUCUCGGACGGGGACGGCGAGGAGGGGAACACGAGCGACGCGUCACCCAGCGGCACCAACACGGGGGAGCGCUCCGACGACAUGCUCUCGCAGAGCUCCGAGAUCCCGCUCGACGCCCUGGCCCACUCCGACGGCCUGUCCGAGAAGGAGGCUGCUGUCCAGCAAGUCAAGAGCCAGCUCAGCGCUGAGCAGAACACCGCUGAGAACCCCUCCGUGUACGAGGACUCGGACUGUGACAGCACCGAACUGGACCACUCGGGCAGUGGAGACACACACAGACAGCCGACAGCCCCCAGCUCGUGAUGGCCCGGCCCACCCCCCCCCACCCCCCGCGAGGUUGUACAGACCCCCCAGAUAUUUAUAUAAAUAAUCUAUAAAUCUCUAUAUAAAGCUAUAUAAUGUAUAAUCUACCCAGAGGCAGCGCCGGAGCCAGCCGGAGCAGCCCAUGCACUGAAUUCACCUCGGUCCUGAUGGACAGACUGAGGGGGGCUGGGGGGGAGGAAAUCUCUCGGGUGCUUGGGGGUUAGCCUUGUACAGCUGGAGACCAAGAAAUGCCCCAUGGCGUCGGACUCCUGGCCAGAAGGGCCCCGCGGCUCUCGCGCCAGCUCAGAGCAGAACUGGCCCAUGGCCGGCAGUGUCUGGGAACAGGACCACGAUGCACUGGGAGAGCGGCUGGGAUGCAGGGAAGAUAAUCCCUCCUAAACGAUCUGCGAAGCUCAACCCAAGAGAGGAGCGAUGUGGUGCUGUCCCGGCGCUUAUCCCGUUGGCGGGCUGGGUCUGGCCAGGAGUUCGACAGGAGCCGGAGAGGACGGGCAGGCAGCGUGGUACCCUGCGGGCGGAGGUGUGCGGGUUGCUACAUCACAGAGAUCGUGUGGAAGCUCCUUCGAGAACAGUCAAAGCCCAGCGGAGCAACCAACCACCCCCAAGAUCUGCCCAGGGCAGCAACGCACCAGGCUGGGGCAGAACCUCGAGCUGACCUGCCCUCAGGGGCAGAACCGCGAUCCCAGCCAGCCCCGGCUCCUGCUCCCAGGCAGACCCUAGAUCCAAACCUCCUGCUCCACACCAGCCGCCCCCGUUUCCCAGCUCAGCACCAAGCAAGUCUGCCCCCGCCCCAGGUUGCGGCGGUGCUACCGGCUUUCCGGCCAAGGGAGGAUGGGGUGGCUGCGCUGCCUCCUGCUGGUACCCACAUGCACUGCACUUUUUGUUGGUGUUAAUUUAUUUUAAACAAAUGUUUACAUUUGCACUUGUGUCCUGGUUGGAACAGGGAGGGGGUGGAGCUUGGGGGUGGGACUUCAAGGGUGGGCUCUGGGGGACUGCUGAUGCCUCUGAGCCCCUGUUGUGUUUGGGGGGGGGCAGCCCCCCUUCCCCCAUUUAUGUAGAUGCAUCCCUCCUGCUGGGCUGUUUCUCAGGUGAAAGUUCCCCCACCCCAGCACCCCUUUCCUCCUGGAACUGUUUGUCCUUGCUGCUGAGUGUUUGGGCCCCUUGGGCGGCCCCCGCAGUGCAGCUGCGGGGAGCAAUGAGGAUGGCUGGGAGGGGUGAGCCCGGCAUCUGAUUGGUGUGGGCUGGCCCUCCCCAAAACCCCAGUGCUCCAUGCAAAUGCCGGGUUUGUGCGUGAUCAGCAUCAGCCCUGCUGGGCCUUAGGACAUGGCCCCAGGCUGUACGGGGUUGGGCACCAAGCAGCUCAAUGGGCUACCUGCUGUCAUGCUGGCAGAGACCCUUGGGCCAUGGGCCUGCUGGCCCCUGUCAGAAACCCAGCUGCAGAUCCCAAGUCCCUGUGCCUCCCCUCCCAGCAGGAGUCUUUCCAUGGCCCUGGGGGAAGGGUGCACUGUCCCUGCCCCAACCUGGGGCAGAGCGCUGGCUAUCCAAGCUAGCAGGGGGUGGGAGUGAGGUUUCUUAUAGCUCCUGCCCAGCAGCCCUGAGCUUCCUGCCUGUUUUUUAGCCUUGCUUGAUGGGGCAUGUUUCAGCAGGCACCUCCCGGGGUUUCUGUAUGUCCUACAUAAUAGCAUUAAAAAGGGAAACCACUGGGGACAGGCCCACACGCCAUCAGUCAAAGCUCCCAGUUUCCCUGGAUAGCCUAGGGCCCCAGCAAGGGGGCAGGCGGUGAGCUGUGGCUGUCAGCUAACUGACCCCCAAUCCCAUGUAGCACAUUCACCAGCACUGGACUAACCUGCCCCACCCAUGCCUGCUCUCUGGCCAGCAUGGCUGCCACUCAGAUUGUGCCAGGCCAUGGGCUGUGCUCCCCUGGUGCCCAGGGGAGUUUUUCUGGCAGGGUGCUGCAGGGCCGAGUUCCCCAGCCAGUCAGGUUUGUGGCUAAGUCGGUGGCAGCCUGUAGGCAAUCAGCCAUGGCAUCUCCCUGCAGGCAGGCCCAGCUGGCUGGCACAGGGAGCUUUGCUGCUGCAUGUUGCUUUCUGGCCACAGGGAAGCUUCCCCUCCCCCCCAAAAAAUCCACACCUGGCCCCUCUCAUGCCCCAAAACAGAGGGUAGGCCAGUUGCAUCUCUUGUCUGCCCCUUGCAGGGGAAAAGGAGCAUGUUUUAUACUGGUCAUGCACCUGCCCCCCAACUCCCCUGCCUCAGCGAGCUCACAUGCUAAUAGAGAGGCAGUUAGUCCCAGUGGCUAGAUCCCUUGCCUGGGACACUGAAGGCCUUCUCUAGCUCAGCCACAGGCCUGCUGGAUGACCUCAGGCAAAUUGUUUCCCUUCCCCCGCCUCAGUUUCCCCAUCUGUACAAUGAGGCUUACGCUAUGACCCUGCUUUGCAAAGACAAUAGCUGGGUAUUAACUCAACAAGGGGCCAGGAUGGGAAACAGCAGCCCAGUGAGGGGCCUUGCCCUGAAAACGUCACCCAACGGGUCCAGUGGUAGACUCAGCAGCAGCUUCUGGGGGCUGAUAGUGCUUAAGUAGCCCAUGCUGCCUCUCAGUUGUUUGUAGCAAUUCCUUCGGGGCCAGGCAGACCCCCUAUGCACCAGCAACCAAGGCCCCCCAGACGCCUGAGGGGCCAGGGGAGAAAUAGACCAUGGCCAAGAGGUAGCGCUGAGUGAAAUUUUUUGACCCAAAUUCUUUUGGGGGCAUGGGGCUGAAAAAGGCAGAUUCGGGGACACCCAAGUGGUUUGCCACUUUGUGUUAGUGUCACCGAUGUUGGUUCCCACUUCAAAAAAAAAUACAGAAAAAAUCAACAUGAAACUUGUUUCAAAAUGACAUUUUGGUCCCAAAUCCCACCCCUGUCUAGCCCAGCCCCAGCAUGGUGCUUAUCCCUUUGGGUUCUCCCCAGGGGCCUGCUCCUGCUCCCCCCCCCCCCCGACACAUACUCCAAACAUCUGCUUUUGCCUCCUGUCCAUGCAUUGCACUGCAGGACUGCAGCUGAGGGGCAGGGCUGAGACCCCUGGCUGCACCUGGCCUAAAGGUGGUCAUCUGUCCAGUGGUUCUGCCCUGCCAGCAGAGGGAGCUGGGAAGGAAAAGGCUGGAGCCAGACUUGCUGACCUGCCGUCCCCACUCCUACAGGCACUUACCUAUUCACCAUGUGCAGAGAGGAUGGAGUGCUCCAUGGUCCAGCCCCAGGCAGCAUGGACCAUGGGGAGGUGGAGAGAGGAAGCCCCAUUCCUGGCAGCAGUGGGAAAGGAUUGAACAGCAGGUACACAGCACUGUCCUGGGCUCUCCAGAGCCAGGCAAUGGCUAGGCCUGGGCCACAGCCCACAGAAGUCUUCCAGUAGCCUGGCUGUUAAGAAAGCUCCAUCAGGCAAGAGCUAAGCUUUGCCAGGUGACAGCAGCACCUGGCUGUGCUCCUGGAGGAUGGGGGGAGGAGCGGGGGGUAGCCAGAACUGCACCCAGGCUGUUCCGGGCAUUGCCUCUAACAGUUGCAGCCAGGAGUUCCUGUAGGCCAGUGGGCGACAGGCAGCCAGACCUGUAACCCAGUUGCCAUGUAGCUUGCUGGCUGUGCAUGAAGCUCUCUGUACAGCAGCUUUCUCUACAAGGGCAGUUUUCUAGCACUUGGGGGGGGGGGGGGGGGGGGGGCAUGUAGAGCAGCUCCAGGAGGGAUACCACUUGGUGGAUGAGAAAACUCAGCUCCAUUUGAGAAGGUGUUUAAAGCUGCACCCAGCUAGUCCUGGUGCAUUAGAACCUUGAGCACUGCAUGGGGAAGAUCUGAUGAGCCUGAAACCAGCUGGACAUUUUAGUCUAUAGCCUCUUGCCUGCAGCUGUCAGAUGCAGCCCUCACCCAGACUUCACUCUACAAAUCCCCAUUCAGGGCUGCUUCCCAGAGAGCUGAGUUCUUCCCUCCAGCCCACUGUCCUUAACACAAAUCUCUUCCUCCCCCCUGCCCCCAUUUCCCAGGGGGUGUGGAGGGAAGACAGCCAUGGGGAGCUCCCACCCUACCCCACUUUGGUCAUUCUUCCUGUGGAAGGCAAGUUCUCACUCCCUCAGGCGAAGCCAUACCUCAACCAGUUGGGAUACCUGUUCUCUACACCUCUGUGACAUACAUCAGUGUAAGAUAGCUCCUGGAUGUAGUCUGUCUGUAUGGUUCUACCACUGCUAGAUGAGUAAUGACACCACUGAUUUCAAUUAAAGACCAU